UUUUUUUUAAAAAAAAAAAAAAAAAAAAAAAAAAAAAAACAUAAUGCACACAUUCGCUUCUUCCAUCAGCAAGGUCUUUUAUGGCACUUUGAUCCACUCCCUCUCCAUUAAAGAGAUCGAAUACAUUAGACAGGGCUUGUUAUUUAUUGAUGACGAAGGCAAGAUUGCGAAGUUGGUCAAGAAUGUGCCCGAGGACAGGGUCGAAGCUGAGCUCGAAGGAGUGGAUGAGGACAGGGUUGUCCGUUUGAACGAUGAUCAGUUCAUUAUCCCUGGAUUCAUUGAUACCCACAUUCAUGCUCCUCAGUACACAUUCUGUGGCAAUGGACACGAUCUGCCUCUACUGGAAUGGCUCGACACCUACACCUUCCCUCGUGAGUCCAAGUUUGCGGACAAGGAGUACGCUCACAAGCUCUAUACCAAAUCCGUGGCCCGCUCACUCCGGAACGGUACCACAUCUGCCUGUUGGUUCGCCACCAUCCACUUGGACGCCUGUAAGGAGUUAGUCAACAUCAUUCAGGAGCAAGGCCAACGUGCUUACGUCGGCAAAGUCAACAUGAACCAGAACAGCCCCGAUUUCUUGAUCGAGACCACUGAAUCCUCUGUUCGAGACACUCGAGCCUUCAUCGAGUAUGUCAACAAAACAAAUGCUCAACUGAAUCACAAACCCCUGAUUACUCCCAUCAUCACCCCUCGUUUCGCCAUCUCUUGUACUUCGGACCUCUUGACCGAACUGGGCAAAUUGGCCAAGGAAUACAACCUCCCUAUUCAAUCCCACUUGUGUGAAAACAUGAACGAGAUUGGUUUCACCAUGUCUCUCUUCCCUCAAUCUGUCAACUAUACCGCAGUCUACGCUGAUCAUGGAUUGUUGAACGACCGGACCAUCAUGGCUCACUGUGUUCAUAUGAAGGAUGAGGAGCUCGACUUGAUGAAGGAAAAGAACGCUGGGAUCUCUCAUUGCGCCAACUCCAACUUUAACCUCAAAUCUGGAAUGGCUGAUGUUCGCAAGAUGAUCAACAAGGAUAUCAAGGUUGGCUUGGGUACAGAUGUCGCAGGCGGUUACUCCCCUUCGAUCCUCGAAGCCCUUCGUGCUUCGCGCUCUUGCUCCGUAGCUCGUAAUGCGGACACCACAUUACUGGUCACAGAGUUGUUCUACUUGGCCACCAUGGGAGGUGCCCGUGUUAUGGAACUUCAAGAUACUAUCGGAAAUUUCCAAAUCGGAAAGGAAUUUGAUGCCAUCUUGGUCAACACCUCCGCCGAUAACUCACCAGUCGAUGUCUUUGAUCAUGAUUCUAUCGAAACAAAGUUUGAGAAGUAUCUCUUUGUUGGAGAUGACCGCAACAAUGAAAAGAUCUAUGUUCAGGGCAAGGAGGUCCGUCUCCCUGAUUCCAAGGUUGCUUCGCACAAGUAA